AUGGAUUACAGACAAAAAAGAAAGCUGUCUUUUCUUACUAUUGGAUUAAUAUUUCUUUUGAGUGGCGUGGAAUAUGCUGUUAUUCUGCCCACUAUAUGGAGAUAUCUGCAGUUAUUAGAGGCACCACCUUAUUUUCUUGGCUUGGGUCUAUCUGCGUUCAGCUUCAGUGGGCUGGUGUCUGGUCCAGUAUUUGGUCACUGGUCAGACAAGACCAGAGCUACAAAGACCAUCAUCCUCUUCUCCAAUGUGUUUGAAAUUGUGGGAAACUUCAUGUAUUUUAUGGGAUAUUCAAAAUGGCUUCUUCUGUCCAGCCGACUUGUUGCAGGUAUUGGAGCAGGAGCGGGUUCCUCGAUUUUUGGGUUUCUCACACGCACUACUCUCCCUGAUGAGCGAGCUAGAGUCUUUGCUGAUGUCAUGGCAUGCCGUCAGGCUGGACUUCUGAUCGGUCCUGCUUUCAAUAUCUUUCUAAGGUUGUGUGAUUUCAAACUGGGUCCAUUUGUAGUAAAUAAGUACACCUCACCUGGGCUCUUCAUGUGCGGGAUGUGGGUGCUUAUGCAGUUUGCAGUAAUGGUUCUGUACUGGGACAUCCCACCACUGGACUCCUUCCCUGAGCAGCACAUGCCCCUCAGAGAGGUCAGAGGUGAAGAAGAUGAGCCCCUCAUGAGUCUAGAGGAUGAACACAUGGCUGCAGCAGAGGACUCGUAUGGCUCCGUCAGUCCAGAACAGACAGAGACCCAGCUCUCAUCUGAACUCCCACCUUCUCCUCCAGAUUCCCCCUCUCUAGACACCGCUGACCCCUUUGAAAACUUCAGUGCCAGUCAAGAGUUUCUGAGGGAAGAGGUGGUGGUUCUCCUCACCGCUCAGUUCAUCACUCUCUUCAAUCAGACAGCACUCGAGACCAUGGUGACCCCUCUGACGCAGAAGUACUUUGGCUUCGGUGAGCUGGGGAACAGUGUGAUGUACAGCCUGUGUGGGGUGGAGGUAAUUGCAGGUUUCUUCCUGGUGCGCUGGCUGAGCCGUGUGCUGGAGGACCGGGUGGUGCUGGCAGUGGGGCUGCUCAUCUGCAGCGGGGCUUGUGUCUGGUGCCUCAUCUUCCUGGCCAAUCCACAGGGUGGUUUUGCAUUCGAGUUGACUGAGUUCAUCAUCGGAGUGUUCCUGCAGUUACUGGGACUUCCUUUUGUUGCCGUUUCUCAGGUGUCCCUCUUUUCUAAGGUUACAGCUGAGAAAACACAAGGCUUUAGUCAGGGUGUACGGCGUUCAGUCGGGGGUCUUGCCACCAUUCUCGGUCCCCUGUGGGCAGGGGGUCUAAUAGGAAAUCUAUAUGUGAUGCUGGGUAUGAUGAUGCUCCUACUGACCCUCAUCAUGAUCAUGAUGGUGUUGUCCUAUGAGAAGCUGGUGGAGCCGCCCAGGGUGGAGCAUGCAGAGGACUCAGAGAACGGAGGAUAGACGCCACCCUUCACUACACUGGAUACAGCACAGAGCAAGAGCCCCUCUCUCUGCGGUCUGUCUGCCAAAGUUUAGCGCUUGUGUGGGGCUGUACAGAGCAGAUGCUGAAACAGUGGGAGAUAAGAGGCCCUGCCAGUGCUAGCAGACCGCGAACAGCGAGAAGGGCACACACACACACACACACACACACACACACACAC